AACUGGAACAGGACAUUCACAUUUGUUUAUAUAUACACCGCCAUAUGAUGGAUCUACAUCGACAGGAAUGGAAUCGUAAUUAGACUGAAAAGAGGCCAAGGAACGAAAACCAGAUCAAGGGUUCGUCUGAUAUUGGCGGAACUCUCUUCUUUUCCUCCAUAUAUAUGAGUUGCGGAACCAGUUGGUUUCAAACACUCCUGGAGGUGGUGAUCGAUGAUCUGCGCUAUCGUCCUAGUGGUGAUAGACACGGCCCUGGGGCGAGGCCAUUUGACCAUAACGAACGUUGGUGAUGAGUUCUUGUCGAGCACUUUAUACUUAUCGAGGGUCCGUGCAACGUUGGAUCAAAAGAAGGCAGUGCAUUUUGCUGGCGAGCAUGAAAGCAGUCUUCGAACCACUAUCAGCUGUCAUGAUCAAUGCAAACAGAGUUCCAGCAUCACCAGAGAACGAUCGAAAUGGAGAGAAGCACCGGGGAGGAACCUAGAUAAUCAACAAAAUGGGCGCAAGUUGGUUGAUAUCAGAACAAGCUCUAAAAAGGGCGACCAAAUCAGAACGAUACUGCGGUUGUACUGCGUGACAAGGUUAAGAAAGAGCCAGCACAGCAGCUCUAAGCUUAGUCCGGGAGGGGUUGCCGAAGCCAGCUGCAACAUUUUCGCUUGAUUUUGACGUUCGGAGUCUGAUGCGGGUAAUGCACCGGCGGCAGGGACUGCGGGG